AAUAUGUCGAGUGGGCCCGUGGCCUGUCGUUUUCGGUAGCUACUUACGCCCCACCGCGAGCCAGUCCCUUCUCGCGCUAUGUGAGUGCAGACUUCAGUGUGGCGGCCAACCAGCAGGACUCGUGGCGCAUCCGCGAUUUCCACACCUGGGACUCCGUGCCCUUCCUCGGCUGGCCUGUUAAGAACCAGGACGAUUGCAAUGCCUGCUGGGCGUAUGCGGUGGUGGCGAGUGUGGAGGCAGCCUACGGCAUUGCAAGGAAUCAGAUGGCUCCCCAGCUGUCAGUGGAGUCACUCUUUGCAGCCAUGGGGCUCACCGACACAGACAAGUGCACGGCUGGGGGCUCCCCCACCGAGGCCUUUGAGAAGCUGGUCACUCUUGAUGCCGGCACUGCACUUACAGGGGACACAGACCCGGCAACAAGGUAUCCAGUGCAUGCUUUUGAGCGCACGCAGUUCAAGGGGUACGUGGGGCUCAUGCUGGCAGUGCAGUGCCAGCCAGUGGUGGUUCACAUCGAGGCCUCUGCUGCAACGUUUGUUGGCUAUGAUGGGACGUUGAAAUACCAAGAUCUCAACUGCUACACUGGCAGUCUGAACCAUGUUGUACUCGUUAUUGGCUACUUCAUUAUAAGAAAUGAUGGCAGCCAGAAUCGCAUUGCUCCUCCGUUUUGGAUCAUCCGCAACUCGUGGGGAGUGGAGUGGGGCGACAGGGGCCACAUGCGCAUGGACAUUCAGGGAGGAGAUGGCGUGUGUGGCAUCAACGCGCUGCCUGGCAUCUACCCCAUUGUCAAGAUUCCAGAAGACCCGUGUGGCCAAAACAGCUACUGGGGCGAUGGGGAUUUGCAGCCCAGUAUGAACCCGUGCGGCCGGUUUGCAUGCGAGGCGACUACAGACAGCGGCAAUAACUGCAGCUGCAGUAUUCCUGGAGGUGCCACGCAGUCUUUUGUGGAGGUUGGAAAUGGAAAUGUUUCCAAAACAUGUGCUUAUGUGGACGUGUGUGGGUCGUACUUCAAGAACCCCUGCUACGUGGGCGCGUGCAUCAACGAUGGCAAGGGCGCCUACUCCUGCAUCUGCCCUCCAAAUUACAUCGAGAGCAAAACUGUUGACGACUUCCCCACCUGUGAUCCAGCGUUUUACUCGUCGACAAUCUUGGCUUCAAUUUAGUGUCAACUCUUCAACUCUUGAAGAAGAAAAUCCGCACGGUCGGAAACUGCACGACACAGGAGCAAGAGUUAAUACAUGACGU